AUGCUCGUCAUGCCACCCAAGAAGGCCAAAUCGGCAGGCUCCAAACCUGCGCGUGCGGAACCAAGCAGCACCCCGCUGAGCUCUCUGUCGACUGCCGACCCCGAAGGCGCAACCACUGGCGCGCGAUCGAACACCAAGCCCAAAGUGGCACCUCACGUGCCUGCCGAAGCGCCUCAAGGUGCCGUCAUGAGUGGCGACAAACCUCCCGAGCCAACCAAUGGCAAAGAGCAAGCGGCAGACAAACCCCUGACCAAGGUACAGCGCACACAGGGUCAUCCGAUUUUCGUGGAACCUAGCUUCGGGCUGCUGAAGGCCCUUCGCGACCCCGAUGCAUACCUCCGACAUGUCUGCCAGGGAAUGGUCGAGAAACGGCCCUGGGUAUCCUUUGAUGAGGUUUACAACGCGCUCAAAUGCACAUGCGCCGUGCACACCGAUUCCCAAACGCCAUCGAAGGCGAUCAGGAAAGGCGGGAAGUUCGGAUGCCAAAUGAAUUCGGAAAAUAUUCCCAGCUUCGGAAUAACUUCCGAUUUCCCGGCCUCGCACAGGACGUUCCGGGACUACAACACAUUCCUCGGCUAUCUCUCUCGCCUUAGAUUUUCUGGCCAUAGCACCUGGCGCGAGCUCAUAGCCGCCAAUGGCGAGAUCCCGUUCCCUCCAGUGUUUUUUACACGAGGCUUCUUUGCAGCACGCACCGCCCUAGGUCAUGGCACGAAGCGCUUCACACUGGGCGGCAGUCGCAGGGGAAAGCAGCGGGAGUCUGUUCUAGUGAACGCCAAACUGGCCUUCCUUCACCACGACCCGAACAAGUCUGAAGGCAAGGUCGAUCCGUUCUGGGAGGGUUUUAUCGAGCACCACACGCGCCAGUGGGAAUCGAUUAAGCCUGUUGUGGAUGAAGUCUUGCGCGAGCGGAAAAAGACUUCCGCCGCUGACGAGUCGAAGGCCGGAAUGAAGCGGAAGCGUCAGGGAAGAACCGAGUCGAACUCUGAUCGAGAUGUUCGGCUGCAGAAAGCUAUGAAAUCUCUCUUGGAAGCCAUCCCUCAGAAAGUCGACCCGCCCAACCCGCAUAACAGCGACCAAGAGAUGGCUGAGGUGCCAGCACAGAAACUUGACUCCCCCUCCCCGGACGCCCCGGACGAGACCACCAUCUCUCAUCUGCAACCUGACGAUAACCAAGAGAUGGCCGAGGAGAACGUACAGAAGGGCGCCUCCAAAGAGGGCCCGGCAAAGGAUGCCGCCGUUCAGCUCGAGACUGGGGAGGAGGUAGACAAUGACGAGGAUCACAAUCGCACCUGCACGGACGGCCUGAACGACGAUGAUAGCAUCUCUCCUCGGACGCCAAAGCACGGUCACCAAGAUUCGGAUACCGAAGAGGAGCGAAUCCAGGCCGAGCUCCGCCAGGAUCUGCCAGCCUCGGGCCCCUCCGACAAGGGCAAAAAUCCUGCCGACACAUCGCAGCGCGCCAUGCCCACACCGCCAGCGGCGCUCCCUGACCUUUCCGCCGAAAGCGCCGAGCAAUGGAGACGCAUCGCGCAAGCCGUCGCGGAAUCGCACCUGCGCCUCAAGGUACUUAUGGAGCACCCCGGCUCUCAUCUCAUCACCCACGACGGCUUGCCCUAUUACAACAACGCGGCCGGGACGCAUUCGCCUCGCGCCGCCAGCGCCCCCGCCCAGCAGCAGCGCCAGUCGGAUGGGCCAGGAACCGGCCGGGGUGAUCCCAGGACCCCUGGUCGACGAACCCAGGGCCGGGGUGUCAUGCUGGUCAGCCCCGUCAACGUCAAGGUAGAGACGCCCAGCACCGUCUGCGCCGUGAGGCGGACGCCCGCGACUACUGCGAGCAGCGAGACCCUCGUCUCGGAGGUUUUCUACACCCCCAGGGGCAUGACCCCUAGCCCUACGAAGCGGCCUCGGCUGGAAUGA